GUUACAGAUUUAUUUAAGUUUAUCAAAGGAGAGUAGAAGAGAACGAACUUGACGCGUGAGAAAUGAAGAGAUCUGGAAUUCUUGCAGCCUCCAUAUCUGCCGUCGCUUCCGCCACCGCCAUCUCCGCCUCGUCCACCAACACCUCCGUAUCAUUCUCUUUGCCGGAAACUAAUCUUUCACGUCAAGAUUCAAAAGAAAAACAGAGGAAGAAGAAAGGUUCUGAAGAUGAAGGAGAUGAAAAGUUUGCUCCACGGUUUGAUGGGUUAAGAUUCAUCGAGACGCUUGUUACUGCUCAUCGAUAACCUUUUGCAUUAUUCUCAUUUUGGCAAAAGUUUGGUAUAGUAUCUCCAAUUGAUCAAAACAACAACAAAAAUACUGAUUUUAAUGUUUCGUUUUUUUUCAUCCCACUAUAGUUACUUUGGGUAAAUGUGUUACACCCUGGAAAACUUUAUAUACCACCAAGAGGCAUGUUCGCCAGGCCCGGUCCGGGGCAUAGGCCAAAGAACCGGCCGCCUAGAACAUCCUGAUUUUAUACAACAAUUUUAUAAGUAUAUAGGGUACUAUAAAAAAAAUAUAUAAAGAAUAAGGGCAUAAAUUUGUAGUUUAGAAUAGGGCAUUACAAAUUUUUUUGUUCCUAUUUGUUUUCUUGCUAAUCAUGCCUUUUUAUAUGUAAGGCCUUGAACAGUCCAUUAAUUAGUUACCAAAAUGUAUGACAUCCUAGUUUCAUGCUGCGAAAUCAUAUGGGUUUAAACCCGUAUAAUGACAAAAAAAAAAUUGCCAAAAACAACAAAUAGUAAAUAGUUCACGAGAGCCUAAACUUUUUUUGGUUCAACUCACGAGAGCCUAAACAAAAUAGAUAAUUUAGAUCUAAGGAUUUACAGGAACGAAUUAAUGGGUCACUCAACAACUAAUUAAAGAGGGAAUCAUCAUAUCAUAUAUAAAUAUAUCUCAUGUCAUAUCGUAACAUAUGUCUUUAAAAGAAGUAAAGAAAGAGAGCGGUGAUAAGCAAUGCAUGUGUGGAGGAGACAAGAGGGAGUGAUGCAUGAGCAGAUGAGGUAGCGGUGACGUUGGUGCAGUCAAGCCCUUCUUUACCUUCUUUACACAUGUUUGCGAAUAUUCCAGGAGGAUAACGACCAUAGAUAUUGAUGUAGCUGAACAUUGUAGAGGCACAGUCUGCCUUUUCAUCGUUAAGAGCUUCCGCGAAUGGGCAAGCAAAGUCCUUGAAGGCCGAGCAACAUGCCUUGGCUGGAUAAUUUGGUCCUUUGCAUUUACUCGUUAUAAUUGUGUAAUUCUUGCUCGCAAAGUCUUCUUUGCAUGCUGUAGUUGUAUUAGAUCAUUAACUAAAACAUCGAACCUAUGCUUAUUAAGCUAAUCACAACUGGAUCAUGCAUGAGUUAUUACGAUCAAUGAUAUAUUUUCUUACGUGUCUUUGCCUGAAGAAGAGCUCGGCUUGUGGCUGGAUGUGACUCAAAUUCAUCAACUGCACAUAUAUAUAUUCCAUUAAAAAAAGAACUAUAAACAAGUUUUAUAGAUGUUCC